AGAACCCGUAUAUUAGGGUUUAAAAAAAAAAAUUGGCUCCUCCUCCAUCUCCCUCACGCGUGAAGCCGCCAACCUCCCCUUCACCCCCUCUUCAGAUUUCUUCUUCAGCUUCACGCUGGACGAUUCUUCCUCAGAUCUCCCGCCGGCCAGCAACCACUCGCCGUUGUCGCGUCCGUUCAGCCUAUCCUGCUCCGACCAACGGCCGGCCGUCAUUCGCCGCCGCCCAGUGGCCGUCGCGCACUCGCCGGAAUCUUUAUUCUAUCAUCACCUCUUUCAAUUUCUGUUCUUCUCUAUUUCUCCUCUCUCCCAUCGACAUGCAGCCGUAGAUAGGUCACCCACCCAGGUUUCUUUCUCCUUCUCUUAUUUGGCUCUCUACUCUAACCUUACUCCACAAGCUACCAUUUGUCAAUUUCCCUAGUUUCCUCGUUUUCACCUGUCUCCGAUUCUCACUCUUUCUUCUUCACGCCGUUCGUCUCGUCUCUCUCUCUCAAAGUUAAACUUCGUCAAGGAAUCAUGUUAUGAACUCAUAAGCAGUUUCAACUGAAUUUCUGUUAUUGACAUGGCGAAGAAGAAGGGAAAUGCGAAGAAAGGAUCAUCUAACCCCACAUCCGGCCCUCAAGAUUCCAUCACUCUUAGACAGGAAAUUACUGGUAAAAUCAAACCCAAAGUCUCUAACAAUGUCAAAGUUUAUUUGAACCAUUUAGAAAAUUUGGCGACUUGGGCGUGUGGGCAGCCCUCUAUACCUUCAUUGGCUACUUUCUUUGGGCAGCGCCUCGCCGCUGCAGCGGAGUCUUUGGCGGUCGCUCCCGACGCUUCUCUAUUUCUUUGCCAGAGGUGUGAAACAAUUCUUCAACCUGGUUCUAACUGCUCUAUACGGAUAGAGAAGAAUAAUGCCAAGAGACGUCGAAAGCACAACAAAUGCAGUAAUUUGACGCAGAACGUUGUGGCGUAUUAUUGCCACUACUGCUCCUGUAGGAACAUAAAGAGAGGGACUCCCAAAGGCCAUAUGAAAGUGCUUUAUGGCACAGAGUUUGUAAGCAAGUUAAAAUCUGUAGGUGUCGAGGAUGGUAAAGAAUGUGAAAACAAAAUUUCUCCUCUUCCAACUGGAAACAGACUGACUAUUGAUACUCCUGCAAUUCCUCCUUCAACAACUGGUGAAGAUCAAAAUAUUGAUACUCGUGCAAUUCCUCCAACUGGGGACAUUUCUGUUGUUGAUGGCCCUGUUUUUUCGUCUCCUAGAACGAAGGACAUUCUUAAUAUUAAUGCUCCUGCCACGCCUUCCACCCUGAGCGUACAGACUCUAUCGAGAUCGCAAAAAAUGAAAUUAUUAUCUAACAAACAAACUGGGCCAGCGUCUGUGGAAGAGAGAGUUGGGGACAUUCCUACCGUAGAUGCUCCUGCAACUCCUCCCACCAUGACUGGAAUAACCCUGUUGGAUUCGAAGAGGAGAAAGAGGAAGAAACCGUCGUCUAAGAAUCAAACUGAACCUGAAAGUUCUGCUCCAACAACGUAUGGGGAUAAAACUGUAGGCAUGUCCAAAAGGAAGCGUAAUAGAAAAUCAUGGACAAGUUUGAAGGAAAUUGCUCAAAGGGAUGAAGAGAGAGGUAAACAAAACGUGGCUGUAUUGGCAAUUCCAUUCUCCUUAUAAUAAGACAUUUUCUAAGAGACCAAAUAACCAAAUUGUUUUGUAGGCGAUUCAUAUUGGUUUUUGCGUGACCUUAGCUUAUUAUUGAAUUAAAUCUAUAAAAUGAAGAAUUAAUUUUAUUUUUUA